AUUUAAAUAGAUAUAUUUUCUCGAAUUUUUUUUCUCUGAAAAAUUCACACAAGUUAAAACAGUAAAUAUGACAACUUCAACAGUCGUUAACGGUGUCUCUGCUGCUAAUAACAUUAAUAAUAUAUCUAAUACAUCAAAUUCAUUUAAUGAUAUAGCAAAAAAAGUUUUAAGAGCAAAUUAUCCAUCAGAUUCGAAAGCAUCACCGCCAAGUUUAGACCAAAUUGUAGAAAUAUUACUAUCAACAAAUUUUAAUACAAAUAAUACUUUUACUGAAGACUUAUUAGAACUUUUAAUUGCUGGUUGUCGUACAGUUAAUCCUUCUGAAGAAAUUUUAGCUACAAGAUUCAGUAGAAUUAUUUUUAAUUUCUGUAAUAAACACUUGGUUCAACUUAAUAGUACAACUUCAGAACAACCACCCUUGGAAAUUGUACUUUUAUUUUUGAUCCAAUCUUUUAAUAAUACUACCCAAACAGUUUAUGCGGUUGAUAUAUUGAGAGCAAUAAGUCAAGUUUUAUAUGAAAAUGGACAGAAUUGUCAAAAGUUACAUAAACAACUUUUAAAUAUUCUUUUACCACUUGCCAGAGAAGUUAAUAGAAACUUAGAAACUAGACGAAUGUCAAUAAAUUGUUUAGGCAAUUUAUGCUAUCGUACAGGAAAUAAGUUUCAAGGAAAAUAUAAAGAUGUUUAUGAAUUACUCUUGACAAAUCUAAACUCACCAAAUCCUUCUGAUGAUGAAGCAGCUUAUCUCAAAAUUAUAAGUAGCACAUUUAGAGCUUUACAAUUUGUUGUAAUAGAAGAUAAAAAUGUGUUGGCUGAACCUUUUGGAUCAACUAUAGAAAUAAUUAGGAAAUAUGUUUUUUAUAAUAUUGAUGAUAUUAAAAAACUUCAGGUAUCCAUAGACCGGUCUCGAAUAGAAGCAGGUAAAAGUGUACGUAACUCUGGACCGUCAAAUCAGAAACACUCAAGAAAGCACAGUCGAAUGAGAUCUAUUGGACGUUCAUGGUUAAGCUCCGAUUCAGAAAUAUCUGAUGGAGAAUAUUCGCAGUCCCUUCGCAAAAGAAACGAAGAUUCUCGAAUUCGAGCAAAUGCUUUGGGAUGCUUGCAGAGCAUUGCGAGGGCUUCACCAAAGAAGUUAUAUCAAUAUUGGAGUCAUUUUUUUCCCUAUACAGAACCUACUGAGACAUCUUCUCCGUCAUUAUUUACUAUAAUUGCAUGUGAACCUAUACAUACAGUUCGUAUACUUGCUUGUUCCAUAAUCAGUACAAUGAUUGAUGGCUCAAAGCAGUAUUUAGCCGCUGCAGAUGAUCGAGAGGUUAAAACUUCUUUCACUUCAUUAUCUGCGAAAUUGGGAACAAUUGUACGAGAACUUCAUGCUGGACUAUGUCAAGUUAUUUUGAGAGAGGAUCAUAUUACUGUUUUAGCUCAGUUAUUAAAAUGUUGCAACGUUUUAGUGAAUAAUGCAGCGUAUGAUAGGUUAUCUUCAAACUAUCUAUCUCGCACUUAUCACACAACUGCAAAUUUCUUGGUACAUAAUGAUAAUGCCGUUAGACUUGCCACUAUGGUUUUGGUAUCAACAAUUAUGGAUUGCAAAGCAUGUAUCAAAGAAGUAGAUAAAUUGUUAUUAGAUAAAGUUAUUAAUAGAACAUCUGCCGAUUUUACAAAAUUACCAUUUUUCCAAAAUCAUGAAGAAAUGAAUCUUCUUUCAUAUUUAGUGUUGGUAAUUGGAAGUAAGGAACAAUCACCUGUUGUAAGAAUUGAAUCGUGGGGAAUUUUAUGCGCUUGUGCAAGAACUCAUUUUAGUAUAGUCAGUCUGAAAUGGGAACAUAUAAAUCCUCUGAUUAUUGCUGAUCUUGCAAGUGAAGAUGAAAAAAUUAGAACGGCUGCAAUGACAUUUUUGGUAGAAUAUGCCAAAGAACAAGCAGCAUUUGGUGGGGGUAAUCGAAAUACUGGAGGGGAUGAUGAGAGAAUUAUGGUUCAAGAGGUUCAGAAAGAAAUUAUUCCGGAAGUAUUUCUAUGGUGGGAUUCUGUAAUUACUCAACAUAUCCAAGGUUCUUCAAUUGAUGAUUGUCAUGCUGUUAGAGCUUUAGCAUGUGAUUUUAUGUCACAUAUUCCAUCUAACGUAUUUUCAGCAUUAUCCGUAGAAAAAAGGAAUUUUUGUACUAAAACAUUGUUGGGAUUUUCUAAAUUUGAAAAUCCAGGUGUUAGAGCAGCAGCAUGCAGAGGUCUUGGUGUUUAUAUAUUAUUUCCUAUUUUACAACAGGACACAUUUGCUUCUGAUAUGGCACUUUCGGUUAUUCAACAAAUGGCAGAUCCAAACAUUUUGGUUAGAGUCAGAAGUAGUUGGGCAUUAGGAAAUUUAUGUGAUACAAUGGUAUUAUUAAGUAACCCUGCCAAUAAUCAAGGAAUGUCAAAUACAAAUACUGAAUUCUUGAUCAAGGUUAUGUGGACUAGAAUAGUAAAGGCGGCAUUAUCAGCAUCAAAUGAUAAUGAGAAAGUAAGACCUAAUGGAGUUAGAGCAUUAGGUAGUAUAAUUCAUGUGAGCCCAACAAAUUUCUUAGAACGAGAGGAAAGAUCAUUGAUAAAAGACGUAGUUUUAUCUUUAAUUAAGAAUUUUGAAAAGGUUCGAUGGAAUGCAUGCUAUGCAGCAGCAAAUAUGUUACGUAAUCCAAAUUUUCCUAUAGGAUCAAAAUCAAAUAGUUGGUCGGUACAAUUAUAUGAAGCAUUAAUAAGAGUAGUGCAAACAUCAAAGAAUUUUAAAGUUCGUAUCAAUGCAUGUUUAGCAUUAUCGACACCAACAACUAGAGCUAAGUAUGGUGAUACUGUUAUGUUAUGUAAAAUAUUACAAGUUAUUGUUACUUCAUUGGAAAAUGUUGAUAAUUUAACUGGUACCGGAUUCAGCGAAGUUAAAUACCAAGAACAAUUAAGAAAUCAGUUGUUAAAUACUUAUCAUCAUUUAAUUGAUAUUUCGGUUAUAAAUGAUAAAAGAUUUAUUGAACCUUUUAUCCAAAGAGUUAAUGAAUGGAAGGCAACCAGACAAGAAUAUUUAGAUGGACAAAAUAUUCAAAAUUAAUUAUAAUAUCCCUAUAAAAUGUAUUAAAUUAUUCUUUUUUUGUUGGUAAUAUCCCUAUUAGUAAAUAUUAAUUUUUUUUGAAAUAGAAACUUUGUAAAUUUCUUCUUGGUUUUGUAAAUUAGAAUUUAUAAAUAAAGGUUUACUCGGAAUUCAAUUUAUUUUUG